ACAGCACUCAUCAACAUCUAUUGCUUUGGUCACCAGCAAUAUGCUACAUCAAGGUCCUCACAGUCAAUAUUCAUUGACAGCAUUCAAUUGAGCCUCGGCACCCAACCCUCGCGUCCCUUGCCCCACAACCCGCAGCAUGUAUCUCCAGCAACUCUUCCCCAAGUACCCCUCCCUUCACCUCCCCCUCUCCAAACCCCCCUCCCUUCCCAAAAAGCCAUGUCCGCGGAUUUCUGGGCAGGCUACGUAUCCGGCGCGGCAGGAAUAAUAAUCGGCAACCCGCUCGACUUGAUAAAGACGCGUCUACAAGCCGGUCCCUCGUCCCAACAUGUCGAAGCUACAUCUCCAGCUACCACAGGCACGGUAGCAGCACCACGGGGUUUCAAAGGGCAAUUCGAGAAUGCGGGGACACUCGUAAGAGGCGCAACAGCACCCAUCCUAACCUAUGGCGCCCUUAACGCCUUAUUAUUCAUGACCUACAAUCGCACCCUCACCCUCCUCCACGACUCCCCCGCGUCGCCGACAAACUACUCGAAAGUCUUCUUGGCAGGCGCAACAGGCGGCCUCGCAUCCUUCGUCGUCAGCGCACCAACCGAACUCGUAAAAUGUCGCGCGCAAGUAGCGACCAACGCGACAACGACUAGUUGGAGUGUAGCAAGAGAUGUGUGGAGGGCAGAGGGAAUCAGGGGACUGUAUUAUGGAGGCGGGAUUACAAGUGUGAGGGAUGCGGUGGGGUAUGGGUUUUACUUUUGGUCCUACGAACUCUCGAAACAGGCCUGGUCCUCACCAGACGACUCCGAUCGCGAAACAGCCAUGAAAGUGCUGUUGUGUGGUGGCCUUGCUGGUGUCAUAACAUGGGCGUCGAUAUUCCCGCUGGAUGUUAUCAAGACGAGAGUGCAAACACAGAUACUGCAUGCGCCGAUGCGGGAUGGAGAGGGAAGUGCGCUGUUAGGAUCGGAGACUGCCAGGACUCGAUUGAGCGCUAUCGAGGUUGCCAGACAUGCCUACAAGACAGAAGGCGCAGGCGUCUUCUUCCGUGGCUUGGGCAUAUGUAGCAUACGCGCAUUCGUCGUUAACGCCGUACAAUGGGCCGUCUACGAGUGGAUGAUGAAAUUGCUGCAGCAAUAACACACAUCUAGGGCGUCACGAAUGCGUAUAGACGAUGACAAAGAAGAGCUUGAAACCGCUAGGUUACUAUUCGAUCCCCUCAUUACAUUUCGAAAGCUAGCCCUUUUGUCGACAAGGAAAUUUUGGUCCACUACAGACAUGCCCGUGAUCAAGACCCGUAACAUGAUCUCUCCAAAGCUCCGUCAUGUGUAUACAUGUGAAAUGAGAGAGAAAAAGGUGUUCCUAACAUGACAAUGCUCAUAACC